UGGUGGUGGCGGCGGUGGUCCCGAGCCCGGAGCCGGCGACGGCAAAGUGUCGGUGGGGAGGGCGCGGGGCAAGAUGUGGCUCUUCGGCAAGAAGGCCAAGGCAGGCCGAGCGGACGAGGCGGGCGACGACCGGGAGGCCCGGCUGAACGAGGAACUGCUGGAGCUCCGGGAGCUGCCACCAGACCAACGCCACCGGCGUCUCCUGCAGCGUCUGGACGAGACGGAGCGCGACCUGCGGCUCGACCACGACCAGAGGGUUGCGCUGCUGAAGAUGCGUGUCGUGUACAGCGACACGCCCAGCCUGGGCGACGCCGCCAGCCUGGAGCCACAGCUGGCCGAGGUUCAGGCACGCAGCCGGGGCCUCACACACACACGUCGCAGGCUGCAGCAGCUGCUGGCUGAGACGGAAGGUCGCGACCCCCGGCGGGACCGGCGGACGCAGCGCAGGAGCGUGAGGCCCAGCCAGCCCCCCCCCGUGCAGAGGAGUGGCGACGGUGCUGGAGACCCCCGGGCUGUGGGCCGGGCGGGCGACUCAGAAGACGACUUUGACGACGACUUUGACGACGACUUUGACGACGACGAUGAGGAGAACGAGGCGGCACCGCCCGCAGCAUCCCAGUGCCGAGCUCUCUACUCGUUUACCGCGGACAGCGAGGACUCCCUGAGCGUGGUGGAGGGCGAGAUCCUCUUCGUGGUGGCGAGCGACGGGGGCGACGGCUGGACCCGCGUGCGCCGCGGCUCCGACGAGGGCUACGUCCCCACCUCCUACAUCGAGCUGCACGCCGGCACCGGUGGCACCGGCGGCACCGGCACCGGCGGCGACGGCGGCGCCGGUGGUGCCGGCGGCGACGCGGCCAUCACCUACAUCUAGCGCCCCCCCCACCCCCACCCCCACCCCCACCUCUCCCCCGGCUUUUGCCGAACCUUUUUCCCCGGGGGGGCGGUGAGCGCCGGCAGACGGCGGCACGCGGCGGUCCUCGCUCGGCCUGCGAGGGGCCGACGGGGCCGACGGGGCCGACGGGGCCCACGGGGCCGCCUGCGGGAGAGGGAACCCUCGGAGGCCGCCGGCGAUCGGUGCCGUCGGUGGGCGCGGUGGGGGGGUGG